GUGCGGCGCUUUAGCCACGCGAUUUUGCUGAUAUUUCUUAUUCUUCAUUUAUUACUCAAGUUCGUCCAGAUAUUUGUAAUGGUGCCAAUAAAUCCUAGUAUUUUGAGAAUGGCCGUCAGUGUAGUAUUCUGAAAAGACUGUAGAUAAUGGCAGAAUCAUGUCCUUCAGGCAGAAGUAAUUUCAACCCUUUAUCUAGUAUUAACCGAGAUUCUGAACUUCCAAAACAAGACUGCACCAGCCCUAGCCCUACUGAAACUGUUUGUUUAGAAUCAUUGUGUACCACUGAUAAUGCCCCAGGUACAUCCCAGAAUCACUUAGCUCCAUUAAGUGACAAAUUAGAUGAAAUAUUUAGAAUAAACCAAUCCGACGAAGAAACAGGAAAAACAAGCUUUCUAAAUAAAUUAGGUCUAGAGGAAUGUGAUGAAGAAGACAGUUUUGAAAAAGAAGAAAACUGGGAGGAUUGCACUGAAGGAGAUCUCUCUGAAGAAAAUCAAGAGCUAGAAGAGGACGAAGAUAGCAGUGAAAUUUUUUCAGGUUCACCACCAGGUCCCCAUCAAACUACACCAAGGAGUUCUUACGCGAAAAGAAGUGGGUCGUACGCCACUGACAGAUACUGGAGAAAACGGAAGUUGGACGUGCAGAAUGGGUUUCCGUGUAAGAAGUUACUACCAGAAAAGAAAUCUGACGUUACUUCAAUGCCAUUUGAGCCCUCUGCUCGAGCGCCAACGGCGCCCGAAACCAACGGUACCACCCCAAGCGACAAAAAAUCGCGUCUCGUAAUCCCGACCAAAGACAAUCCGCCCCCGGAAAUGUCCGAUUGGCUGACCCAAUUUCAAAAAUGGUCGAACGCGGAACGAAUUCUCGCCAUCAGCGAACUGAUCGCCCGAUGCGAACCGACCCAAGUCCGUCACAUGAUGCAGGUGAUAGAGCCCCAGUUCCAGCGGGACUUCAUCUCACUACUGCCACGUGAGCUGGCCUUGAACGUGUUGUCGUUUCUCGAACCAAAAGACCUGCUCCGAGCGGCGCAGACUUGCCGCAGUUGGCGCUUUUUGGCCGAAGACAAUCUGCUGUGGAAGGAAAAGUGUCGUCAGGCAGGCAUCGACGAGAUACCCAAAAGGAGGUGCUCGCCAAGGUCUCCUGGGACGCAGAUGUCGCCAUGGAAGGCCGCCUACAUGAGACAGCACGCCAUCGAAAUGAAUUGGAGAAGUAAACCGAUCAGGCCGCCGAAAAUGCUAAAAGGACACGACGACCAUGUGAUCACAUGCUUGCAGUUUUGCGGGAAUCGCAUUGUGAGCGGAUCCGACGACAACACUCUAAAAGUGUGGUCGGCGAUUACCGGAAAGUGUUUGCGCACUUUGGUUGGCCACACUGGAGGCGUUUGGUCGUCUCAGAUGUCAGGUGCGACAAUAAUUAGCGGCAGUACUGAUAGAACACUGAAGGUGUGGGAUGCCGAAACGGGGGAUUGUAUUCAUACACUCAACGGCCACACUUCGACGGUUCGGUGUAUGCAUCUUCACGGAAACAAGGUUGUAAGUGGAUCUCGUGAUGCAACUUUGAGAGUGUGGGAUAUUAAAACCGGGGCGUGUCUUCAUGUUCUUGUGGGACAUUUAGCCGCCGUACGAUGUGUUCAAUACGAUGGUCGAUUGGUUGUUUCCGGAGCUUAUGAUUAUAUGGUUAAAGUUUGGAAUCCAGAAAGAGAGGAGUGUUUGCACACAUUACAAGGUCACACGAAUCGUGUGUAUUCACUACAGUUUGAUGGUGUUCACGUGGUCAGCGGUUCAUUGGAUACAAGCAUUAGAGUCUGGGAGGUAGAAACGGGAGCUUGCAAACAUACGCUUAUGGGUCACCAGUCCCUAACAUCCGGUAUGGAAUUACGAAAUAAUAUUUUAGUGUCCGGAAACGCCGAUUCCACCGUUAAAGUUUGGGACAUAGUGACCGGUCAGUGCCUACAAACCCUUUCAGGACCAUACAAACAUCAGUCAGCCGUAACUUGCCUCCAAUUCAACAAUCGUUUUGUGAUAACUUCCUCGGAUGAUGGAACUGUUAAAUUAUGGGACGUUCGCACCGGCGAGUUCAUCAGAAACCUGGUGGCGCUCGACAGCGGUGGCUCGGGGGGCGUCGUGUGGCGCAUUCGAGCCAACGACACGAAAUUAGUGUGCGCGGUUGGGAGUCGCAAUGGCACAGAAGAAACGAAAUUACUAGUGUUGGACUUUGAUGUCGAUUCUAACUCCAGUACCACCAUUUCUAGGUAAUUACAGACUGCAAAAAAUUGUAUGAGUGCGCGUGUUUGUAGACCUACUUUUAAAACAAAGCAUACUACUGAUGUUGCUAGGCCACAUUUGAAAUUUCAUUUAUUUUGAGAUUUGAGGUGCCCCGAAACAGGGUGCUAAAACAUUCAACACGUAUCAUCACCAGAAAUGAGGAGUCGUCACUUGUGGCGUCGAAACGGGUUGAGUGUCUUAGUAAACUGUGAAACGGGUCCAGUAAUCGAUUUUUAGUUUAAGUACCUGCACAAAACUCAGUUCAGUUUAAUUCAGUGUCGCGUAAUUCUGUGAUAUUACGUUUAAUUAGGGGUGACAUCAACAGUAUGUGAAUUUAACGUCUUGUUAUUUCAGCUGAGGACUUUUUUGUUCAAAUCUGGUGCUGUUGAGUUGGUUGUAUCCGGAAGUUUCUUUUGUGUACAAAGUACAAAUAUUGUUUUAAGAGGGAUGCCAGUGGCAUCGAGUUUGCAAUAUUUCCACAUUUGUUGUUUUUUCUUUGUAAAAUUCUUAAAGGGAACAGUCUAUUGUACUAAGGGUCUGUUCCUAUUUUUUGAUUUACAUGACAUGAUUUGCACCAGAGAGACUGAUAGUAAGUUUUAAGUUAAUGGCAUUUUAAGUAAAAUUACCACAUUAGUUUAUUUCUUAUGUUUGUAAUGGAUCAAGUGAUUGGUAAUUGUAUCACGUGGUUUAUUACAAGACAAGUUUGUUUUUUAGUGAGAAACUAUGUGGUUCAUGCUCAAGAUUCUUGUCAUAGCUCAACAUAAUUGUAUAUAGUCAGACAUAAUCCGUUUCAUCAUACAUCACUAGUUUAAUUAGUCUUUCUCAAUUAAUUUUACUCAAAUUAAGUAUUUUUAAUUAGCUCUUGUCAAAAUGUUACGAUAAUAGUUUAGUCGGCAAUCGAAAUUUUAACGAUUUUAGGAAUCCAUGUUUUAUAUACAAAAAUAGUUAACAAAUAAGAAGACACUUAAUUUGGUAUAAGCAGAAUUUUUUCGUUUUGUUCAGACUUUCCAAAUUUCUUUCUUGAUUGGUGAAUUUUAAUGUAAUAAUUUCAAAGUCUGGUGUUGUUAAUGUUAUCAUUUCUUAUCUGUAUUUGUUGUAUUUAUUUUAUAAAACAAUUACUCUUA